GGCUCUCCUUGAGUCGGACGGUAUCCAAUCAGAUUCCAGUUUGCUGUCACCAGGAAGCAGACGACGCUUGGAAACGCUUUGUCCAGCACGUAAACAAAGAACCGGAACUGUCGGGUUACCGGACGGCCCGGUUUGUUUUUAACGGGAGAAAUCUGAUUUUUAAGCGGCCACACGACGCAGCUGUCGGCCUGACUUCACCCUCACAGCGGUGGACGUUAAACCGAGCUUAACCCGGCACGGCUCGGCUCGAUAAUGCCGUUAACGUCACGUGUUUGUACCCGGUUCACACGGUAACGUUUCCUCCGUCUCUCUGACUAACCGGACAUGGCCAGCACCGUGUUACAGGUCGGUACCGGCGUGUUUGUCAUCGCCAUGGUUUGGAUCGCGGCUCUGGUGUUCGGGACGAUGCUGCUGAGAGCGUCCGGGUCAGCCAGGCGUUAUCCCUGUCUUCCUCCUGGCUCUCACCAUCACUCUGGCACUGGUGUUUUUCCCUCGCAGCCCCGAGACAACUCCCCCCUUCAAAGAGAUAGAGAUAGUCGACUCUUUGUUCAUCGGCCGCUACGUCUUGUUGGCCGUGGUGAGCGCGGUCUUUCUGGUGGUGUUCUUCAUACUGCUCCCCUUUCAUUUCCUGGAGCCGGUCUAUGCCAAGGCCUUAAGAAUGCACUGAAGCUGCCAGGGUCAAAGCUGGCACCGGGAUCCCAUCACUGAUGUACACAAGACAAGCUGAUGAGACUCACACACACACUCACCGCUUCAUGUGGAAACAGACUACAGAAUGCAUCCCAAACACAAACAGCAGGAGAGACGGUGUUUUCUUCAUGGCCGACUGUUUGCUGCUUGUCGACUGUUUAUGUACAAAUGAGAUAUCCCACAGUGCCCUUGUUGUUUAUUCCUAUUUUGUAUCAUUUAAUAAUGAGAUGAAUAAAUCGUUUCUUAUUUGACGUGUGUAAAGUUCGACCAGCACUGAAACAUUCCUUCCAUCUUUUUAGAAAGAAAUCAAAUAUUUAGGUUGCUCCAUUGAUUUGUCUUCUUUUUAUUGCUUGAUCUCACAUGUUCAUUCAACUGGACUGAACAAUCUUUAGUACAUAUGUUUAAUAUUGUACAUGGUCCCUGCAGCCCAUUUAUUUACUGCUUUUCCAGAAUAUUCUGUACCAAACUGAUGAAUAAGAUUAAAUCCCCUCAGUGAGUUUUUAGUUUUU